UCCCUAUUACAUAUGUAAGAAUGGAGAGUCCAAAUCGAGCGUAUUCAAGCUGGGAUUUAAAUCAACAGGAGUGAAGACCUCAAUGGACUAACUUAUAAAAUCUCGUCAGACGCUUGGACUCCUGUCCGCGGUACUAAAAUGCUGUAGCCUUCUUACGUUGGGUGAAUUUUCCAGGGAAUUGUCGGCCAUACGCAGCGAUACCACGCCCGGAUUGAAGACUUUAAAACGGGGGCAACACCAUUCAUGCAAAUAUUCCCAACCACAAGUUCAUGGAUAGGAGACUCUAGUGCGGUCUAAAGAGGAAAUACUGUGUUGUAUUGACUUUCAAUAUUUAACGCCAAAUAUUAAAACAGUCUGUAAUGGAGUUACUAAAUCCAAAGGAUCUGUUGCUUUUCUGAGUGAUAUAAAACACUGAAACCGCUACAGGAUUUCAGCCGCUGUUACAUUUUGAAUACGGUUUGCUGUAACAUUCGAUUUUCUUUUUCCAUUCGCUGCAGAAGUAUUAGUGUACAAAUGACGAUUUAUGAGUUGGAUUUUCUUCUCAGCGCGCUGCAGGGAAACACUUUCUCUGGCCUUAUCUGAACACUUACGUUUGAUUUGGACUGAUGUUCUUUCGAAGGAAUUGCUGAAAAGCUCCUAAUUGUAAACUGUCUCGGUGAGUCAUGACGCUGGACACCAUCAUGGCGUGCUGCCUCAGCGAGGAGGCGAAAGAAGCGCGACGGAUCAACGAUGAGAUCGAGCGGCAGAUCCGCCGUGACAAGAAAGACGCUCGGCGGGAGCUCAAACUGCUUCUGCUGGGAACUGGAGAAAGUGGAAAAAGCACCUUUAUUAAACAGAUGAGAAUCAUUCAUGGCUCAGGAUAUUCAGAAGAGGACAGGAGAGGCUUUACCAAGCUGGUCUACCAAAACAUCUUUACAUCUUUGCAGGCCAUGAUACGGGCAAUGGAUACUCUUCAGAUCCACUACAAGUAUGAACAUAAUAAGGCCAAUGCAAGCAUUGUCAGAGAAGUAGAUGUGGAGAUGGUCUUCUUGUUCGUCAACCCGUAUGUAGAUGCCAUCAGGAGUUUAUGGAAUGACCCAGGAAUUCAGGAGUGUUAUGACCGGAGGAGAGAAUACCAGCUCUCAGACUCCACAAAAUAUUAUCUAAAUUCACUGGAUCGCAUUGCCGACCCUUCCUACAUUCCCACCCAGCAAGAUGUGCUCAGGGUCAGAGUGCCCACUACAGGGAUCAUUGAAUACCCCUUUGACCUACAGAGUGUCAUAUUCAGGAUGGUUGAUGUAGGGGGCCAGCGGUCAGAAAGGCGAAAGUGGAUUCACUGCUUUGAAAAUGUCACCUCCAUCAUGUUCCUGGUAGCUCUCAGUGAAUAUGACCAAGUUCUCGUUGAGUCUGACAAUGAGAAUCGAAUGGAGGAAAGCAAAGCAUUGUUUAGGACGAUAAUAACAUACCCCUGGUUCCAGAAUUCAUCAGUUAUUCUUUUUCUGAACAAGAAAGACCUUUUGGAAGAGAAAAUAAUGUUUUCACAUCUUGUAGAUUACUUUCCUGAAUAUGAUGGACCCCAGAGAGACGCUCAAGCUGCACGGGAAUUCAUCCUGAAGAUGUUUGUCGACCUGAAUCCAGACUCAGAAAAAAUCAUUUACUCUCAUUUCACCUGCGCCACUGACACAGAAAACAUCCGAUUUGUGUUCGCUGCUGUCAAGGACACCAUCUUGCAGUUCACACUGAAGGAAUACAAUCUAGUCUGAACAACGGCCGGUUACGGUUUUGUCAUUGUCUCGCCAGGUUAAAGGACUCAUCAGUCUGCAGCUAGAGUCUGCCGUAAUGCUGUGAGCCAAAAAGUCUGCUUUAACUGUUCCAGCUGUCGGCUGUCCCUGAUUCUGCUCUAUGAAUUUGGACACACAAGUUAUUUCUUUCUGUAACACAAGCUGCUCACUGCUUCGUCAAUACUUAUUUGCACCUCGGAGCUAUUCACAUGGAAUGCUAUUCCAUUUUAAUGAAAAAUGUUAUGUUAUUGAACUUUUUUUAUUAUGGAUUUUUUUGGAAGGUUUAUUCUGUAGCAAAUUCUUUUUGGUUGUACACUGAGCUGUUUGCUAUAAAUGUUACAUAGAUUUCUCUAACUUUUAUUAACAUUAAUUAUUCAGUGUGGUGAGGUAAUUAGAAAGCAAUGAAAAGUACUUCUAUGGUAUUGUAAUGUAUUCAUUUUUUUUUUUAGAGUCAAAGCAAGCUUAGUAGAUAAGGAUCUUUUCUUAUUUCCAAAGCACACGCGUUGGUGAAGAGUAGAUAAAGGCUAGUUUACAUUAAUAUUUACAUUGAAAGUGCCAAAGUUCUUCUAAUGUGAUUGUUUUAUGUAUUGCCAAACUGAUAAUCAUACCACAUGCAAAAAGUUGCCCUUGCCAGUAUCAUUUAUUUCUUUACAAUGCCACCUCUUAACACCUCUGUUCUUGGAAGAUAUUAUACAUCUGCAACAUGAUGUGCCAAGAGAGCCGAUUCCUGUGCAUCCUUAUCUUAAACUACAAAUGUGCCAUUCAGAGAUUUUCUGUAACACAAGCAUACGUUUUGACUUUUUCGUAAUAAAGUACCCAACAAAUGUUCUCAGUGAGCCAAUGAUGCUCUUUCUGGUGUUGUACUGACUUGACAGUGUGGUGUAAUCAAGCUUUGGUCAAUAUUUGCAUAUGUUUUUAAAGACAGAUUAGUAAAGAGUAUCAUGUGAUUAGCUGCGUGUCAAACAAAUGAAUGUUUUGUGAUGAGUCAAUAGUAAAGGUCCAAAUUGCUGUUGUGACUUUUCUGGGGGUGAAGCUGACAUGGUUUACUUAAUAUGGGCAGCACUGAAUUUAAGGUUAUUGCUGGAAGAUUUUGUCUUUUUCUUUCUUUCUUUUGUGCAAUAAAAGGCUACUACUUUAGAGAGCAGUAUAUAAUAUUUGGUGCUAUUUUAGAGAGAAAUGUAUAAUAUUUGCUGUCUAAAUGUUUGCUGUCCAAAAAAAGCAUAAAACCUUAAGUUGUACAGUGGGCCAAAAACAUACUUGGACACUUAUGUGACUUAAAAUUGCAUAAAUGUCACUGCAAUAAACUAAAUACCAAAACAA